GCAGAGGGGAGGCUGCAGAGAGCGGGCGUGGAGGUGGGUGCCGCGCGGCCUGGGGCGCGAGGCUCAGGUAUAGCCGGUGAGGGGGGCGCGGGCCCACCCGUGCACCUGUCCUGUCACGUGAGGUCAUCUAGCCUACCAUAGCCUCGCCAUUCUCAUCUGUGCAAUGGGGAUGGUAACUCCUGUGGCUGCAGGGGAGGGGGCGCUUAAUCGAGGAGAGGAGGCGGAGCUGGUGGAAUCGAGGAAGGAGCCCGAAUGGAUGGCGAUGGACUACUUCCCAGCACCCCAGCCUCCUGCCAUGUCCGACCCCAUCACACUCAAUGUUGGGGGGAAGCUCUACACAACCUCAUUAGCAACUUUGACCAGCUUCCCCGACUCCAUGCUAGGUGCCAUGUUCAGUGGGAAGAUGCCCACCAAGAGGGACAGCCAGGGCAACUGCUUCAUUGACCGGGAUGGCAAAGUGUUCCGCUACAUCCUCAAUUUUCUACGGACCUCUCACCUGGACUUACCUGAGGACUUCCAGGAGAUGGGCUUGCUCCGCAGGGAGGCUGACUUCUACCAGGUGCAGCCCCUGAUCGAGGCACUGCAGGAGAAGGAGGUGGAGCUCUCUAAGGCAGAGAAGAAUGCCAUGCUCAACAUCACGCUGAACCAGCGUGUGCAGACGGUCCACUUCACCGUGCGCGAGGCACCCCAGAUCUACAGCCUCUCCUCCUCCAGCAUGGAGGUCUUCAAUGCCAACAUCUUCAGCACCUCCUGCCUCUUCCUCAAGCUCCUUGGCUCCAAGCUCUUCUACUGCUCCAAUGGCAACCUCUCCUCCAUCACCAGCCACUUGCAGGACCCCAACCACCUGACUCUGGACUGGGUGGCCAAUGUGGAGGGCCUCCCAGAGGAGGAGUACACCAAGCAGAACCUCAAGAGACUCUGGGUGGUACCAGCCAACAAGCAGAUCAACAGCUUCCAGGUCUUUGUGGAGGAGGUGCUGAAAAUUGCUCUAAGUGACGGCUUCUGCAUCGAUUCUUCUCACCCACAUGCUCUGGAUUUUAUGAACAAUAAAAUUAUUCGAUUAAUACGAUACAGGUAAAAGGACCUCAAGCCACAUUGGAGGGAGGCUCCCAAGAAGCUUCAUACCAGCCAAGAUCUUAGAGAGCGUCUCAGCAGCGGUGUGAGGCAGGGCACUCUACUAAUCUGUUAAUCGCAUAGCAGGACUUGAUUCCCCCCAUGAUGCAGUCCACCUGUAGGAAUCCAUGUGUCCUCAACAGAUCCUCCUUUUUUCUUGCCAUUUUGAGCUGGAGAUGGGCAGUCUGUUACAAGAGGUGGAGAGUCUGCCCAUGUGUCCUAAAGGAGGCCACCAGGGGGCUUUCUAGCUAGACAGAGGAGCAGCACUUCUGUCACAGACUCCAGCUCUCUCUCUACCACUGGGCAGCGCCUCACCUACCCAUCUGAAUGAGAGCCCCUGAUGGAGGGGAUGAGGUGAGAACAAGAUGCUCCCUCCAGUUUCCCAGGAUGGAAAGUACCCAUGGCCCUCAUCACCCCUGCUCCUCUGUCCGGAGGAUGCAGCCAGGACCUUGGACUUGUUUGCCCAAGGGCAACCGUGUUUGACUGGAUUGGAGAAACAUUAUGUUCUCAAAGCUGUCUCGGCCCCUGCUGGGGGAGCCAAGCUGUGGCAUGGUCUACAGGAGUAAGUGUCCAAGCAGGGGUCAGAAGAUGGGGAUGUCCCUUUUGACUGGGUCAACUCUAAGCAUUUGGGGAUUUCUGGCUUCAGAAAUGGGCUGCUGUCCCUGUGAAAGCUUGAAAAUCUAGAGUCAGUGCAAUGAAAGGCACCUCAUACUGGGCCUGACUUUUAUAAUCCUUUCCCCAAGAAUUAAGGUACCAUUGAAACAAGUCAUUUUAAACAAAUAUAUUAUGGACUCUCCAGGUUGAAAAGUAAUUCAACAGUUGCGUAGUCCUCCCUCAUCCCAGCACACCCCAGCACAUUUGGGGAUGAGUUUCUCUCCCCAGCACCUCCAGGCUGUCACCUCUCUCUGCUUGGCACACCUCCGGUGAUGGGAAGGGUAUCAGCCCUGAAGCAGCCCUUGCCAUGGUUGGCUGGUACUGGCUGUUAGAAAGUUCUUAUAGCAAGCCAAACUCUGUCCUUCCACUCCCAUUUUCUGGUCUAAUUCUCACCCAAACAUGUAUUUCUCUUUCAAAAUAGUCACCUUGAGAGACACUCGUUCUGAAAAUAUUACUAGGAUUCCCCUUAGGGCUCUGUCUUCAGAACCAAGGUGGGCCCUCUUCUAUCCCCUGUAAGUCAGCUCUAUUCUGUAAGGACUUUGCUUCCCCUGUGACCCCCACCUACCCACCUUUCUCACCAGCCACAACUCCAGAUACCCUGAGCCCAUCUUCUGUUGGAGGAUGGAGAUGUGCUGCCCCCGAGGAAGUGCCGCCAGCCCAGGGCCUCGGGAAGCAGUGUGCAGCUAGGAGCCUGCGUGGUCUGAGCCAUAACGCUGCCCUUGGACUGACUGAGUGUCCAGCCCCUGAGACACCGUUCUGAAGGCAGUGGCCUUCCCCCGUAGUACUGUUCCUGGUCAUAACCAAAUCAUGGACCUCCUUGGCAUGAGAUCUAGGGCAAGACACCCCAAGCCACUACUCCCCAGGGGGUGAUGAGCAGUUCAGGCUUCCAAACUGCACAUUAUGAUUCAUCCCCAGAGUGAGUAUGGCCUUGGGAGUCCCAUAGUCCUUCCCACCGGGUAGGAGCCCUCAGACAAAGGCAGGAAAGCCUGCCAGCACAGGUGCCCAAGAGAGACAGGCUGAGGAAGGGUCUUCCCAGAGCUCUGCUCUGUGAGCAGGGAGCUUAUACACUGGGCUGUGGGCAAGGCCGCAUCCCUUAGGGAAUACAGGCCUUUUCCUCCUACAGUGGGACCCAAGAGUGACAGCUGCCCCAGGCCACCAGGCCAGUGGUACUCAAAUAGAAGCUAUGACCACAACAAAACAGCUUAAGGAAGAAUCUCAUAAAUUACCACUGCCCUUUUCUCCUCUCCUCAAAAAUUCUUUUUCUCCCAUCCUUUUGGUGCUUCUUAAUUCAAGCAGCUUGACUUUAGAGAAAGUACAGAACCUGUGAAGCUACUAAUGUGUUGUGUGACUUUAUGCAAGUCACUCAUUUCACUGAGCCACUUCUGUUUCUUCAUCUGUGAAACGUGCAUAACAGUAAUACAUAACCCUACCUACCUCACAGGGCUGUUGUGAGGAUCAAAUGAAAUAAUGUAUGUGACAAUACCAUAUAAAUGAUGAAU